GGGACGGGAUGGGGAUGCGCAGAUUACGCGUCUGCUGACGUAUGAACGAGUUCGUGACUCAUGCGUAUAGCUAUAGUAAUUUGCUCACUGCCAAUCGUGUAAGGAGAAAUAAGUUGUGCUUUGAAUUUUAACCGCUGGAGGACAAAUCAAAGAGUGGGUUGGUUAGAAGUGUUGACGCGGACAACGCCCACGGAUGUGUCAGCGUGACCCCAAAGUUACUAUUUUGGGCUGAUAGAGAAUACACAAUAGUGCGCGGUGGGCUUUGCGUCAGGCGGCGCGCUCACUCACUCUGCGCAUUUCUGGACAGGUUCAGUCGUGAGCGUGGAAACGGCACAUCAACGAGGAUUCAUUCUAUGGGAUCCGUCAAAUUGAUUCUUCAGCUUAUUGUCAAUCAUUGAGACCUAUUUGAGCACACUCGCAUCUAAUUCUCACUCUUCGACAUCCAGAGCACAAACCUUCAUUCUCCACACCUGUAUCAAGCCAAAGGGGCAGUUAUUGUGACCUCCAUUCUGCCCUGCUCUUCUUUCACACCUUUAAUUGUUGGGAUCACCACAACACGGCACAGCCAUGCCCAAAAGCAGUAAAGUGACUCAGCGCGAGCACAGUAAUGAGCAUGUCACAGAGUCUGUUGCCGACCUUUUGGCGCUGGAGGCUCCUAUGGACUACAAGAGCAGCCAGAUGAGCAUGAACAUGCCAGGAGGGGGCCCUCCGCCCAUAGGCAAACCAGACAUCUCCCCCGACCUGGAAGACGGUCGACCUGCCUGGAACAGUAAGCUGCAGUACAUCCUGGCUCAGGUGGGCUUCUCAGUGGGCCUGGGUAACGUGUGGCGUUUCCCUUAUCUUUGCCAGAAGAAUGGAGGAGGUGCCUACCUUGUUCCAUACUUCAUCCUUCUUAUCCUUAUUGGCAUCCCACUCUUUUUCUUGGAGCUGGCGGUUGGCCAGAGGAUUCGUCGAGGGAGCAUCGGAGUGUGGAAUUAUGUUUGUCCAAGACUUGGUGGCAUUGGAGUGUCCAGCCUGAUGGUGUGUGGUUUUGUGGGUUUGUACUAUAAUGUGAUUAUCGGCUGGAGCAUCUUCUACUUUUUUCAGUCGUUUCAGUAUCCUCUACCCUGGAGCGAAUGUCCCAUCAGGAGGAACGGCAGCCAAGCCUUUGUGGAGCCUGAGUGUGAGAAGAGCUCAGCAACCACGUACUUCUGGUACCGCGAGACCCUGAACAUCACCAGCACAAUCGCAGACAGCGGGGGUCUGAACUGGAGGAUGACUUUGUCGCUGCUGGCUGCCUGGAUAAUUGUCUGCCUGGCUGUAAUAAAGGGCAUUCAGUCUUCUGGGAAGGUGAUGUACUUCAGCUCACUCUUUCCAUACGUGGUGCUCUUCUGCUUCCUGGUGAGAGGAAUGUUUCUUAAAGGAGCAGUAGAUGGCAUUGCUCACAUGUUCACACCCAAGCUGGAGAUCAUGUUGGAGCCGCAGGUAUGGCGUGAAGCUGCCACACAGGUCUUCUUUGCUCUAGGUCUGGGUUUCGGAGGUGUCAUUGCUUUUUCCAGUUACAAUAAAAGAGACAACAACUGUCAUUUUGAUGCUGUGCUGGUCUCCUUCAUCAACUUCCUGACCUCUAUACUGGCCACACUCGUGGUGUUUGCUGUGCUGGGCUUCAAAGCCAACAUCAUGAACGAGAAAUGUGUUGUUGAGAAUGCUGAAAAGAUUCUAGGCUACUUGAACUCAAAUGUGCUGAGUCAGGAUCUCAUCCCCCCUCACGUCAACUUUUCCCACCUCAGCACGUCGGACUAUGCCGAGAUGUACGGCGUAAUAAAGAUUGUGAAAGAGGACAGUUUUGCGCAGCUUGGGUUGGAGCCGUGUCUGCUGGAGGAUGAGCUCAAUAAGGCUGUUCAAGGCACUGGUCUGGCUUUUAUUGCCUUCACAGAGGCUAUGACCCAUUUUCCUGCUUCUCCAUUCUGGUCUGUCAUGUUUUUCUUCAUGUUGAUAAACCUAGGCUUGGGCAGCAUGAUUGGCACCAUGACUGGCAUCACCACACCCAUUCUGGAUACCUUUAAAAUUCGCAAAGAGGUGCUCACAGUGGGCUGUUGUAUUGUGGCCUUUUUUUGCGGCUUGCUGUUUGUCCAGCGUUCAGGGAACUACUUUGUCACCAUGUUUGAUGACUACUCUGCUGGUUUGCCCCUCACUAUUGUGGUGAUCCUGGAGAAUGUAUCUGUUGCCUGGGUCUAUGGCACCAAGAGGUUCAUGCAGGAUCUGGAGGACAUGCUGGGUUUCAGACCGUGCAUUAUUUACUUCUACCUGUGGAAGUAUGUGUCUCCAGUGUGUCUGAUCAUACUGAUUUCUGCCAGUGUUGUAGAGAUGGCCAUCAGCCCUCCAGGAUACAAUGCAUGGGUGCAAGACCUGGCCAUGGAGAGGUUUCAAAGUUAUCCUCCUUGGGCACUAGCCAUGUGUUUUGCUCUGAUCAUCGUGGCCAUGCUUCCUCUUCCAUUGGUCUUUAUCGCCCGUCACUUUAACUGGCUCCCAGACGGCUCCAACAAGCUGUCCGUCUCCUACCGUAAGAGCCUGGCAAAGGAGGCUUCCAACCUGGAAGAUGAGACAAGGUUUAUCCUCGGGAAGAAUCCCAGCGAAGCCCCUUCUCCCAUGCCCAGCCAUCGGGCUUAUCUGGGCCCCGGCAGCACCUCUCCUGUGGAGCUCAUCACCAACUCUACCUCCAUCAGCGGCUAUGGCAGCGGUUACCAGACCAACCCUGCCCCUCCCAAAUCUGAGUCCUGAUCCUCCAACCCACCACCCACAGACUGAGAUGGAAAGAGAAAGAAGAUGCUGAACAGAUGAGAAGGUCCUAGUGUUGGUCACACCUUAACCCAAGCCAUCCAGAGGAGCAGGACCACAAGAAAACGAACAGAAAGACACAGAGAUCCUUCCGUAUUCCCUGACUAGACAGCUUCCCCUGGGCCCAAUUAUUCAUACGGACUACAGAUGCUGGUCUGAAGGUGAAAGAGAGCCUGGAGCUUUCAGAUCAGUAUGUAAGGUGGCUUAUUUGGUAAGUUAUUUUUGCAUAUAGAUAAAUAAUGUCAACUCUAAGAAGGUAAUGAACACAUUCAAGCUGCAGGUUUGGUCUCUGUCACUGGUUUUGGGGCCAUAGGGGUGGGUAGCACAUCCCUCUCUGUGAGUGCUGUAGUGAUACUUAUCGUUCAGGUUAAGGUGUUACCAAUGCUGCUGAACUCCAGACAUCUUACAAAAUGCACAAGAUAAACCAUGCCAUGCAAGGAAUUUAAUUUAAACCCACCUUUAGAGAUCAUAAAGAUAGAAGACUUAGAGGGGCUCAGAGAAAAUAAAGCUUUCACUUAUUAUAAUGAGUCCUCUAAUGGAUAUUAUGUAAGUGUCACUGUUAAAUACAGACCACCUGACAAUAGAGUGAAUUGAUAGCUUGAUUUCUGUUACAGACUGAAGUACGUGUUCAUUUUAUAAGUGUUCUUGGUUAUAGACUUGGCACAUCAACAGUCUGUCAUGUCCACAUCUCAGCACAGGUGGGCGACAUAUGUAUUCAUACACAAAGCACAUACUGUAGUCUCAGUGCAGUAUCAAAAUAUACAGUAUCAGUGUCAAGUUCAGGCUGUUUUUGCAACUGGAUUUAUCUGAUGUUCUUUUUAAGUUUCUUUUUUGGAAAGUUGUAUCUAGAUGUUUUUAAUUUUUAUAAUCUUAACAAAUAUGACUGCCUGAUUAGAGGUGACUCUCACACAGCACAAGGAAUGAAAUUUCCAGGAUGCAAUAAGUGGCACAGUUUGAGCCAAGUAACUCCACCAAGCACAAUAACUAUAACUUUAAAAUUACAAAUCAACAAAUAUUUCAUUUUAUUUCCAGGUCUGCAAUGGCAAUAAUUGCAGAUUUACUCUGCACCACAGUUCUUAACCAGUGGAGAAAUCUGCAUUAGAUGGUCUCUGUUUUUACUGAAAGUUAUCAUGCUUGGUGGAGAUUACAAUAAGUUCCAAAAAGGGAAUGGUACUGAAAUCUACUGUAUGUUUUUAAACUUCAAACCACAAAUCAUGGAAAUGGUUAAAUUGUAUUUGCUUAUGAUUUACAAAUACCAAUCUCAGAUUAUUUACAUAUACUGUAGUGAGUUUACUGCACAGAGAAGUGUUUGGCACUGCCUGUUUUCAAACUUGCUGUUCUGAGGCCAUAUUACAGACACAUUCUCGUCAUGGCCACGAAACAGAUAAGAUGUGGUUAAGUUGGGGUUCAUUUUUCUGUAAUACGGCUGAUCUCUGAAAUAUGUGUAAAAUACAUAAUAGGGUCAUCUGUGUGGAUUUCAAUCUGAUAUUGUAAGAAUUCUUUCAAAAUGCCAUACACAUAAUGGCCUCAUAAUUUCACACAGAGAUAUAUAUAUGCUAUCGUUCAAAAUUUUGUAGUCAGCAAGAUUUUUUUUAAAGAAAUAAAUACAUUUAUUCAACAAGGAUGCAUUCAUUUUAUCAAAAGUGACACAAAAAGACACAAAAAUAUAUUAUUAAAAUGUAAAACCAUUUUAAAAUUUAGCAUUUCACAAUAUUAGGAUUCAUAGGAUGCUUCUUUCAAAAACUUCUUUAAAAAAUCUUAACGACCCCAGACUAUUGGACGAUAACAUAAGUAUUUGCAUAAUAUAUGUUGUAUUUUUUUUCUCUCUAAAAAAAUGCCAUUAUAAGAAAGCAGGUUCUGAAAGAUAUAAAUAGUAAAAUAUGUUAUAAAAAAGAUUAAUGUAAAUCAACGUGAUAUGGAAAAGCAGUUGAGUAUAUUUAUAAGGUAAAUAUGUUGAGCUGGAAGAAGAGGACCAGUUUUCUUAAGGAACCAAAGUAUAGUCUUGGUUUGUGUAAUGUGUAGUCCCUUUAUGUGUAGUGUAGCGUGAAUACUGUGAAGACUGCCUAAUGUAAUUGAGAAUUGCUGCCCUUAAAAGCUCACUGCCUAAUAAUCUGUAAGCCUAAACAUACUCUCCUUUUUAGUUUGGUUUAUGUGCUUUUAACAAAUACUCUGGUCUUAAUGAAAGGGGUACAUUUUCAGUAUUUAUUCCAGUAAGAAUAGAUUGAGGGAGCAGAAGAGGGCUGGAGAGCUGAGGAAAGUGUGAAGAAGAGUGGGACAGGAGUUGUGGGUCAUAUUGAAACACUGAUGAGUACAACGGUGAAGCUUUUGAUCAUCCAGCUGCGUGUACCUUUCGCGUCUAUCACAAAAGCUGCUGUGAUAAAAAUAGACACUGAGUGGCUGGUUACCCAGGGGAACCUGUGUCAGAAACAGCACUGCUGCAUGUUAAUGAGUCCUCCUUGAGGGGGGGGGGGGCUCAAGAUGUUCCUAUGAGGGCCUUGUGGUAUCCCUAGCAACCAUUGCAUUUCACAACAACAAGGGGAAAAUUAUUUAAGGGGACAGUUCGCCUAAAAAUGAUUCUUUCAUUGUUUUAUCAUUUACUCACCCUCAUGUUGUUCCAAACUUUCUUGCAUCCAUGGACACCAAAUAUGAAUUGAUUUAUGAAUACACUGGUCGCUUUUUUCUUUCCAAUGAAAGUGAAUGGGGACUGCGACUGUUAAGCAUAAAAAAGACAAAAAGCACUAUAAAAGUAGUCUUCUCAAGUCAUACAAUUGCUUUGUGAAAGAAAUGUAAGUAAUUAUUCACUGAUGAUCUUUGCCUCCAUUGUAGCGCUUCAUUCAAAUGUGAUGUUCCGUCAAGCUCCAGUGCCCAUUCACUUUCAUUGUUCACACAGAUUGUUUCAUACAUUCUUCAAAACAUCUUCUUUUUGCGUUUUACAUUCAAUGUGAAGUCACGUGGAUUUGGAGCAACUCUCAAUUUUUAUGAGAACUUUCUCUUUAUGACCCACAAUUAACCUACACUAAGAUAUACUGCAUUGUCAUUCAUUAAAAGAGAAUUAGGAGGUUAGAAAUAUGUGAAGCCAUCCACCUAGAGAAGAAUUGCUAACUAGUCUGUUGUGCAUUGCCCUAAUCACACAGUCAGAUGAGAUUGUCAAAAGAGCACAUUGAUGAUACAUAAAUCAGCACAGAUGAUUUUACAUGCACAAUUUGUUUGUAGUAGUUUAUAGUUGUCCAGUGUAUGGUAAAGUACAAUAAUGUUAAUGUAUAUAACCUGCAAUAGCACAAGAUUGUCCACAAGGUGUCGCUGUUUGCCGUUGAUUAAUGUGUUGAAGGCGUGUCUCUUAUGUGCCCAGCCUCAUCUCUGAGAUGAACAUCCUCCCACCCCACCGCUGAGCACAGCUGGUGCCUCUCAUUAUCGCUUGCACUCUAAUGAUUUAUGUGAAACAUAUAUUGUUUGUUUUGUUGUUGUUCGCUUGUGGCAGUUUUGGGUUUGUGCACUUUACCUUCUCUCGACAAGAGGCCCCAGAGCUGCACCUCACAAGCACAAAAUGACACUAGGAUUGUUUUAAUAUCUACACUGACAAACAGAUGCAACUUGAAUUGGUUUAUUAGGGGGGAAAUAAUUAAAAGCCAGUCACGCAGAAUUUGAACUUGUGACUCCUUGCACUGAAUAAAAAUAUUUCUCUCAGCCACAACAGCUCAUAUUCAGACUGAAAUUCUAGCUUUUCAACAGAACCAAGUUAUUAACAAGAAAAGAGGAGAGUACAGCUCUCCAAUUAAAAUUUCCUCUGAGAUUUUGAGCCUGAAUAUUAAAUACUACAUCAAGGACUGUCAACAGGGGGUCAGUGACCACUAGGAGGUCCGCAUCGAUACUGCAGGCCAAUUAUUUCACAAAACAAAACAAAAAUGCAAUAUUAAGUUAACUUCAACCAAAGCUUAAAGCUAAGAAUCUAAAGAUAAAUAAUUCAUAAUCCUGCCCACAUUAGACACUUUACAUUACGGUUUUGUGCAUAAUUUCAAAUGACAAUUCAGUACAGACACAAAUUAUUAUUUAAAUAGCCAAGGUUACACUUCUUUAUAUUUAAUAAAGAAUCAGAACCACAAAAUAAAAAUAGAACUGACUCUUGCUGAUAUUUGUUCCUCAUUCAUAACCAUCUGCACUCCCCAAAACCAAGAUGGGUGAACCUUCUGACCUCCCUCUUUACAUCUCAGAAACUUUCCUUACUUAGAUCAGAAAUUUUGCAUAUAUCAUUUUGACAAUACCACUGAACACAUCAACAAUAUUUGGAAAGACAAUAUAAAUGAACAGGGAACAAAGAAGCAGUCGAUCAGCACAAAGCCAAGCACAAGAUACGGCAGCAGAUUUACAUACACUCAAAAAAAAAGGAAUUGUUGAAUUUACUUAAUAUAGUUGCGUGGAACCACUUGACUCUGCUUUUUUGAGUAAUUUGUACAAAUAACAAUUCAGCUGUAUGAACAAAAUAAAUUUGUGAGUAACUACAAAUCAUUUGAAUUUGUUACUGUUACGUAAUAUGUGGAGUUUACUUAAUAAUGUUAUAUUAAACACAUUUAUUGACUUAAUUUACCUUAUUAAAUUAACUAUUUGCUCUACAGAAUGCACUCAAAAAAAUAACUUGAACAAACUCAAUUUAAUUGAGAGCAGGAAUUCCAGUGCUCACAGCCUAAACAGGUGCCACUCUUCUGCAUAAUGGUAACCACAAAAU